AUGUUUCCCAACAACCAAAACGUGUGGGAUACGAGCCAUCUAUUUUGGCAAAGUGUGCCAAACAAUCCCAACAACGAGCAAGAAGACCUUUAUCGAAGAGACCCGCAGAUGGGUGAGCUUGGAUAUUAUCUGAUGCCACCUAGCACCCCAACUUCUCCUCAUCCGACCACUCCACUGAUUCCCGGUUUUUACGGAUAUUAUUCCGAACCUCCAUUUUUUCCCCAAAACAUACCCCAAACCCAAAACACACCUCAAACCGAAUCCGUACCCGAAACCCAAGCCGAACCCACUUCCUCAAAAUGUGGACGAUCGAGAAGGCAUCGUAAGAAGGAUGAGACCGAAACACGUGCUCCUAAGAAUGUCGAAUUGUGGUCGCCUAAGGAAGAAUUUGCGUUGGCACAAGCAUGGCUCGACGUACCGGAAGAUGAGACUGUUGGAAACGGCCAAGAUAUAAAGGUAUUUUGGAGGCGUAUACGUGAGAAGUUUUUCAUCGCAAUGGGUCAUGGCGAAUAUCGUGCGGCCGACUCUUUUUCGGGAAAGUGGACCGCUAUGAGGACGAAGGUUAGCAAUUUCAACAAUAUACAUACUAAUCUCGUCAACAAUCAUCGAAGAAGAAGUGGUUCGAGCGACAUGGACGUUAUGACCCAAGCCCUCGCCGACUAUAGAGUGUAUCAUGGGCAUACGUUUACGAUGGUAAAUUCGUGGAAGCUUCUUUGCAGACCUCCCAAGUGGCAUCUUGUACCGCCGUUCGACCCAACCGCCCAUAGGUUAAAACGGUCCAAAUCAACAUCCACUACCGAACCAUCCGAGUCCGAUGCUCGUACAACAAUUAAUCUAAACGACGAUUUCGACGAAUUUGAACAACCGCAAGAGCAACCACGACUAAAGGGUAGCGAUAAAAGUAAGGCAGCGACACGAACACGAGACAAGUCUUCUUCAAAGCCAUCGGAUGGCCCGUCAAGGUUGGAGGAGUUCAAGACAAGUCUCAACAAAAUAAUCUCGAUGAAGGAAAAAAGAGCAAGAACUAAAAAUGGAGAAACAAAUCAAGAAAGAAAUGGAAUUUCUUGCGAAAGACUUUUCACAUCUAGCAGAGGAUGA